AUCUCCCAGCAUGGGACACAACAUGAAGUUUUGAACUUGAUAAAUGUGUCAUGAAGUGAUUCUUCAUGAGUUGCACCCAGGACAACAUGGGGAAGGUGUGCUUUGUCCUGAGAGGUCUCUGGACAGCUGGUUGUAUGGUUACCAUGGCAAUUCUCCAGGGUCAGAAAGCAGUUUUCCCACAUCAGGCAGGUCUGUCUUUUACAGCUCACUUUGGGUAGAGUUUAAAAAAAAACACAUUACUUUUAUCAUGUUGGAGUAUUUCUUUUUUGCCAGUGGAAUCCGUUUAAAAUAAAUUCAGGGACAAAUGAGUAUCAAAGGGGAAACAAUGAAAGGGGGUGAGAACUGUGGUGGAAAACACAACGUGGAGUGGGACUUUGUGAGGGGGGGUGGUGUUCCACCGUAACAAGAAAAGACCUCAAGUGCUUCCUUACACAAAAGAUGGAGCUCUCUUUGUGCCAAGGGGGAUUUCCUUUCACAGGGAUUGGCUGCUCAACAACACAGGAGCAGAUUUCUCCCUCCUCACUUCUCUGUCACAAAUUGUCUCUCACUGUCACUCACUUGUUUCUCCACUGCAUCUGUAUGAAAAGAGAGAGGGGGGGGGGGGCAGUCCCAGACUGAAGAGAAAGGGAGGACAGAGGGAAGACAAGGAGAGCAGCAAGGAGUUUGUAGCUGCUGGGUAGGAUUAUGUUAGAGCAAUGUUUAUUUGUGUGGGCUGACAGAGUGAACCAAUCAGGGGAAAAGAGUUUUUAAUAAAAGACACACAUGGGUGCGGCUUUGCAAUGAAGCACCCACGCUUCAGCAAGCGCCCAUCAGUCCGGGCUGGGCAAAAACCCACACACUGACUGGCCACCCACUUAUAGUACCCUACCGUCAUGCUGACUGUGAGCUCCUUACAACUGAAAAACAUCAGAAAGGAUCAGAGUUCAAGGCUGAAGACUCAUCUCACUCGUGUUAAUGAGCCUCCAGUGAGUGAACAACCAGUGUGUGUGUAUAGUCAUGGGAUGCAUUUCUGUGUUUUCAUCAAUGUGUGAGUGCGUAUGUAUACAUUUGCAGGCAAACUGGCCACGCAGAUGAGAUGAUCUAUGUUUCAGUGAGAGACAGGGCUCAAGUAGACUGAAAUUUGAAGCACAAGAAGAAGGAAUCAAAGCACAUGUUGACCUAGCACUCUGCUUGUAUACUUCUGGAAUGCAUGGAAGUUACCCUUUAGAGCCAAAUGACAAUUUUAAAACACCAGAUAUGCAAGUUAAUAAGAAACUGUACAAAACAGUGAUUUAAGUGUUAACAAGUAGUGGCUUGAAUGCUGUCUAAGUAGAACUCUGUUCUAGGUUUUGAUGAUAGAGGGAACGCAGUUGUCCUGAUAUAACCCUCAGAGUUUCACACAAGCUUGUUGCUCCCUCCCUUGCCUUCCUGCUGUCAUAAUUCUCUGUUACCCAGCCGAAGAGAGCUUCCUGAUGCCUGAGAACAACAACCACCAUUAAUAGCUGCGUGGAUGACUUUAUGCAGGAAAGGGUGAGAAGGAGGAGAAGAAGAUGAAGGAAGUGUGACUGUGAUGAAUAAUGAGACGGAGCAAAGGGCACACAGUACGUUACCAUUAAGUUUCAAACACAUGUUGGAACUCAACAGUAGCCGCUCCUCAAGUCAAUGUGUAGUGGAUUGUUGUAGCAUCUUUACUGUGUUAUUCUAAGAGUUAUUUAAGUAUCAUAUCAUAAUUAUUAUUUAGCGUAAAUUCAAAGAAAAGUAGAGGUUUUGUUUAGGAGAGAGUGACAAGUGCAGAAAGAAGUAUGGAACAUGUACGGCAUACUUUUGAUGUAUACUUUUUACAUUUUAGUUAUGUACAUAUUCAAUACUUUUCCAACUUGAGUUUUACAUGCAGCAUUAUGACAUAUUCAAGCAGUAAAAAUUUGGGUGGGAAAGUAUUUGCUGUGGUAAAACCAUCCAAAAUGGGAGUGGUGGGCUUGGGAAUGGUUCAUGUUGGAUGUCUCAGCUAUACAGAGUGACGUCUGCAGCAUGGAGGAAGUGACACAGUGCACAGUCUGUUUCAGCCGAUGAACAGGAUCAACACUGUGGUCAUUGUAACUGUGCUGUACUCCUGAGCAAGAGAAACUACCCUAAUAUAGUCACAUUUCAGGGAGGAAAGUUGGUUUGCUGAGACUUUGUUACUGCUACAUAAUUGCUUGUUUGUUUGGAACAUAAUUUGUGUAUUAUGCUACCAAUAGCUGGUUAUAAUCUUGUUUGUUCAAUUUCUUGUUUGUGAAAGUCAGAUGUGAACUGAAAGAAAGGGACAUUUGUGGAAAUAUGUGGCAAGUACCUUAGAAUGUUUUCUUGUUCAUCUUCCGUCUCUGAGCCUGCAUUUCUCAGUUUUUAAAUUCAUCACAACCUUUAUGCCAUCGUUCCAAACGAUUGAUAGCCUCGGAAAUCUAGGAGGAAAAGUGGGCUUCUUAACUACUACCUGUGUCCUUUGGCGCAGCAAGUGGAGAUCCCACGUGUAUCAGUCUACGUGAAACAAGGCAACAAAUAAUAUUUCAUGAACUGAAUGAAGCCAAUGUGCAGGAAAUAUGACUGUUGAUGUAAUAAAUGACCCAUCAAUGAAAUUCAAUUUAGAAAACUACAAUUUUUUUCAUUUCAUCCAUUGUAAACAUUUUGAUUAGUGCCAGGUAUGUGCAGGUAUUUCUGGGUAAAUAAUAUAACCAUGUCAUGCAAAUAUGUAUUUUGCUUGUAUUGGCCUCAACUAAACAGGUGCUGAGAAACUUGUGUAAUGAGGAGAUUAUUUGGAGAACACUGCUGUCUGUUCCUGCUCAUCUCUCAGGAGAACAGGAUGACCAUUCCUGUCACGUUGUCUGGUGUGCCGGUCAGAUAACCCUUGAGAGAGGGGGGGGGCUGAUGACAGAGUUAGAACAAAUUCAGACAGGCACACAAACACUUUACAACCCUUAACAACUCUACAGUAAAUUUGAUUAUUUGUGAUACUGUGAUACCCUAAUAACUGAUAGAGAAGAUAUUGUUCAACUAAAUUAUUUGUGACACAUCAUUUCCUAUGAUGCAACUGUCUUGCCAUCCAAUUAUCUGCCAUCUUUGCUCGAUCUGUUCAUUCACAUCAAAGUGACAGCCGGGCAAGCAGGGCAGCUCAGAUGUUGUUUCUUCCAAUGUGUACCUCCAGGUAUUGUUGAGGAUGCAUUCAAAUCCAUUCAGUUUUUCCUGGGUUUACCAAGCUCUCCUUCACUGCCUCCCUUUUGACACUGAACAGAGAUCAGUGCAAAAAUACAAACUGUACUGCCCAGGAUUUUCACUGGUAUGUGAUGAAUGUGAAACUUGGGAAUUGUCACCGCUGUAGCAUGCUCAGAUUGUAAUACAUUAGAAGUGUUUGGACAGAACUGCUUACAAGAUAAGAGCAUGAAACAUGAAAAUAUUGCCCUCGUGAUUGCAGACAAAUUCUAGAAAAUUCAAAUGUAGCAGGCUUGUGUGUUUGUCCAAACUCUUCAGGCAGAAACAGGGUUGUUAGUAUCACUGAUCAGGAAAUCAUAAUAGGAGAAGUAACUUCCAGCAAAGCAGCAACAGGGUGCUAGUGUAUUGCCUUUCCAAAAGGCUUUACAUUAAAUGUAUGAUGUUCUGUCCUUCCUGAGAAUUAUUUUUAGACAUAAAUGUAGAAGUACAAUGAAAUAUGAACGUUGCAACAGUCCUUUUUGGACAUUGUAAUACAGAAAUGUUUUCAUAUGCUACAAUGAAACCAGUGGCUCCCAAAACCUGAUAAUUGAAAGUGUCUUAAAGGCCCUCAUACUUGAUUUUGGAGUGGGAUUUCUGAAGAUGUAUAAUAACACCUGCAUAUACUUCUUGACCUCUUAAUUAGGCUAUUGCUGAAGGUAUCUUCUUGUUCACUUUCCCUUCUUUUGUUUACAAGGAAAGAGCUGUCAGUCAGACUGCAAUACAUCAGAUACAUAUACAACCUCCUCUGGACAUGACCGGGUACAACUUGAUCAAUUACUGAAGUUGAACAGUUAACAUUGUGUUUCCUACCUCCACAGUAAUGUGCUGUUCAUGAUAUUAACGGGGAAUUGUGUGUAGAUAAACAAGGCAGUGAGUGUUCAUCUGUACCAUCAACUCUACAGACUAUGAUCUGUACAUGUAACAUUCACACAAAGCAACCAUUUAUGAGUGUGGGUUGUGUGUGCAGCAAAUGCACAGCUUAGGCAUCCUUAAGUGAAGCCAUUUUGCGAAGACACUGGGGAUAGACAAUUCUCCCGUACAGACCACGCUUUGGGUUUGUUUAGUCAUUAGUUCUACACCCAUUGACGUACCCAUUUAGUUAAUUUGUGUCUUUUUGAAAGUCUGUUGUACGAUGCACCUCUUCCCGCCCACCUUUACCCCCUGAGGUAAUCAGGCUGAGCUGCUGUCCUUUUCUCAUCAUUAGCACACAUCAAAGCUGAUAUGUUUUGCUGUACGGCUCAGCAGGUUAGCAUUCCAAUGCUCUGUUCAGAUGCUGCUCCGAAUGGAGCACAGCUACUACCGCUAACAUUGGCCUAUUGCUAAAGCCGAAUUACAUUGCUACUUGCCAUGGGCUCGAGGAGAAAAAAACAUAACAUAUGCUGAAAUAUACGGUGUAAGGCUAUACAAUUCAAAGGGGGUACAGGGAAACUAUAUUUAUGUACCAAAACAUGUAAAUAACUACAUUUGUGAGUGACUUACUUCAUUUUAUUGGAUUUCGAUUGGAUUUUACAAUGCAUUGUGGGAGAGUAAGGGAGCUGUCAAUCAGUGCACUGGAAUGAUUUUAGGAUCGCCACGGUCUGCGUCCCCAGGCAGUUUAUUAAUUAACUAGCCAUUAGUUUGAGCCAAACAUUUUCAUGAACAUCUGCACUUACUCAAAUAUGUCAUUUUUAUUGACUUGCCCUUGCAUCAAAGUGGGAAGACAGGUGCACCCGCCAUAACCCAGUUAAAUAUUACUUGCAAUUUUGACUAAUACCAUGCCUAACAUUGUGGUAUCCUGCUUCCACAGGGGUGCACCAUACUCUAACUAACAUAAUGUCAGUUGGCUUAGCUCUGUACAAAUGCAAACAUAAUGACCCAACUGGGCUGUGCUUUUGUCCGAUUUUGGACAUCCACUGCUGCUUAUAAUGGAAAUGAGGUUUCAAGUCAUUCGGGUAGAGCUGGGCUAUUUUCCACAAAGAAAUAUUCCAAAAAAGUAAUGUCAAAGUUUUAGUUCAGUCUGACGAUCGGUUGCUAAUUCAUUAUUUUGCCAUUACGCAACUGGUUGGUAAAAGCAAAGCUGGUAGAGUUCAGACAGUAAAAGGGUCAGAGUGGCUCAGAGUGUUUGGAGGAUAAUUUUACAGGCCCAGAAACAUAAACAAUGAGCAGGAUAUAGCGAGCAGUAGGGAAUAAGUUUACCCUUUAACCAUUUGACCUGCUGCCAACAGUUGUAUUAUGUUUGCCUAACCCAGGGGCAUGAUCACGUCUAUGCUUUGACGGCAUGCAGCUUACAAAAGCAGAGGGAGUAAAUGAAAUGAAGAAAGGAGCAAAUAUGCACAUGUGUCCUUUACUAUCUCUCUCUAUUUUACACACACACUUAGCCAAACACACACACUCCACUUCCAAACACAUAAUCAGGAGAACAUUAUUGCCAACUAACUGCACAAAGCAGAGUUAGCUAAGCUUUACUACUUCUUUGCCUCUCGGUGUUAAGUCCUAAGUGUUUAUUGAAGGGGAAAUUUAGCAAAGAAGCUUUUUCAAAUCCUAAGAAGCUGAUGGACAGGGAUAUUGUUUUCCAUGACUAAUCAGCUUUAGAAAAAAGGGCAGACACAUUGCUGUUAAGUUUCCUUCUGCCUGUAACAUUAGUGCCUUUGAAAAGUCCAUUUGAAAUAUAAAAGUGAAACCUCUUGAAUACUCCAAAUAUCCCACCUAAGUACACUGUGCAGUCCUGAUAAAGUAAACUAAUGCCCUGCUUGCCAAAAAAUGUCUUGAAGAAGUUUUGCAGGAAGGUUUGUAAGUUGUUUUUUGGAUCUAUAACAAGUAAUAUUGAUGUUGUCGAUGUAGAGUUGCCUGAGACAUUGUUUUUGUUGUUCAAGUCAUGUACUUUGCACUUUGAAAACACUUGACAACGUAGUAUCUUCUCAGGGAAUUGAUCUAGUUGUAAACACACAGCAAAUCAUACCCAGCAUUCCCUGAAACAUAGGCAGUCUGUCUAAACAUUUGCUUUGGAAUUGUGGUGCAAUAUAAGAGCUCAAAUAUAACAUGUAAUCAUGGCUUAUGAUAGUGUGUGUUUUUGUCUUACUUAUUUCUGAUAAAGUUGUAAGUACAAGUUUACCCCAACACCAACACUUUAUACUUCUUGAUAAGAAACCUCGACAGAACAAAUCCUUUCAAUAACCGAAUAGUAAAAUGAUACAGUAGUGUGUCUCUAGAUAGUUCAUCAGUGGAAAGUACAAGUCAUGUACACCCUUGCUUAACUUCUCUACCUUGAUAUAGCCUUCUGUCAAUGUACCAGUCUUUGAUCGUCUGGCGGUGGAGCUGUUUUGGUGGGGUCACAGGUGACCUGUCGGUACAUGCUGCUGCAAAGCCUCUGUGCUGUUCUGGGCACACAGCAAGACUCUUAUGUGCCUUCAUAACAAGCCAGUUAAUCUUUAAUCCUUUUAAUUAGACAUUUAAUGUGAGGUUAUUAACAAGAGACCCCCACUGUUUCCUCAUUGUUAAAGUGUCUUUUAUUUUGCUGGUCUAAUAAAUGGAAUGAGCCGGAAGCUGAACUAUUUUUGGUUUUAACAUUAGGAUAUAGUCCUUGGAGCAACACCGACUGAGUACAGCGCCUGCCAGGAAAUUUUUGAACGGAUGUAAUUCUAUGGAGCAACAUUAAUCUGCACUGCUCCAAAAAUGUCAGAUGUCUCUUUAAGUUACUCAGUGCCUCUAUCUCAUCUACAGUAGUCUCCCUUCAUUGCUGCUUCAAACACAUUAUGUUUUUAUACCAUACCACUGACAGCGAGAUGACACUAGAGGACAGUGUUGGCAUUAGUUUUAUAUCUAUCUCUUUCCAGGCAUAACUCCCAUCCUUCUGUGCUGUUAGGGAUCUGUAAAGACAGACCCAUGGGAAUUUGGCUUUCAUGCCUUAAAUUAUCUCUUUUUUUUUUUUUUUACAGAUUCUUGCAAGGUUUUUGCACCAAAGUAUGGUUUACAUUUUGUACUACCUUGUCAUUUGCAAGUGCCUUCAUCAUUUUAAUUAUUUAUUGUAAAAAACCUUAAACAAACCUUGCUUUAAUUGAGAACAUUUACAUCACGUCUUGUCUCUUAACAUCACAUUCAAGUUAUUGUUUUGCUUAUUGCUAUAUUCUUGGAAUAAUGGCUUGGUCUGAUGAUACCCCAAGAUUUUUCCACACUGAACAUCAGUACAAUUUAGGAAUACAGAUACUGUUGUACUGCACUUUUCUUGGGAUACCUUCAACCCAACCCAUGGUUCUUAUAUCCCUAUGAGCAUGCAUGUGGUGUGCGUGUGUGUGCUUGAGCUUGUUAGUCAGAGAGUUACCACCGUAUCUUCCACUCCCCACCUCUCACCCCCCUCACCGUGCACCAUGUGUUAAAUCAGGCCCCUGAAUGAGUAUUCACCCCAGGCAACCUAGUGUCCUGGAUAGUAAUCGACGAUUCCCCAAGCCAGAGCAUAGAGUACUCUGUGGCAGUCCGCACACAGCUCAUAACUAUGCUUACCCAGAGUGAAGGCAGUGGGACACAGAACACAGGACAUGGGAAUCAUAAAGAAGACAGUCCAUUUCUCAACAGUGCUGAUGCUACUUGCAAGAAGAAUGACUUCUAUGACAGGAACUUGGCUUUGUUUGAGGAAGAGCUGGACAUCCGGCCGAAGGUUUCCUCUCUGCUCAGCCGCUUGGUCAGCUACACCAACAUCACCCAGGGAGCCAAGGAGCAUGAGGAGGCGGAGAGCACUGAGGCCUCACGUAGGAAGACCCCCAAGUCUCCCAACAUGGGCACUCUGAUGGGAGUCUACUUGCCGUGUCUGCAGAACAUCUUUGGUGUCAUUCUUUUCCUCCGACUGCCGUGGAUUGUUGGGAUGGCUGGCAUCAUGCAGUCCCUCCUGAUUGUCCUCAUGUGCUGCUCCUGUACAAUGCUCACAGCCAUAUCAAUGAGUGCCAUUGCUACUAAUGGUGUUGUUCCAGCUGGAGGGGCAUACUUCAUGAUCUCCCGCUCCCUUGGCCCUGAGUUUGGAGGAGCUGUGGGGCUGUGCUUUUACUUGGGCACUACCUUUGCUUCUGCCAUGUACAUACUGGGGGCCAUCGAAAUCUUCUUGAAAUAUCUGGUCCCCCAGGCGGCCAUAUUUCACGCCACAGACACUCUUGGGGGUGACAGUGCCAUGCUGAAUAAUAUGCGAGUCUACGGCUCUAUCUGCCUCAGCCUGAUGGCUGUGGUGGUUUUUGUAGGAGUCAAAUAUGUCAACAAGCUGGCCUCUCUUUUCCUGGCCUGCGUCAUUAUCUCAAUUGUCUCCAUCUAUGCUGGGGCAUUCAAAUCCAUGACUCAUCCCCCAGAGUUCCCGAUCUGCAUGCUGGGAAACAGGACGUUGGUGAGAGAUCGCUUCGAUGUAUGUGCUAAGACUGUGAUAAAGGGCAACAUCACAGUGCCCAGUCAGCUGUGGGAAAGGUUCUGUCUGCUGGGGAACAUGAGCAGCAUUCAGUGUGAUGACUACUUCAUUCAGAACAAUGUGACAGAGAUUCCGGGCAUCCCUGGACUGAGCAGUGGGAUCAUUAGAGAGAACAUGUGGGGCGACUACCAACAAAAAGGGGAGAUCUUAGAGAAAGCGGGGCUACAGUCAGUGGAUGCCCACGGUGCCAUGGAGAACUUUGGCAUGUAUGUGUCAGCCGACAUCGCUACAUCAUUCACACUCCUUGUGGGGAUCUUCUUCCCAUCUGCCACAGGUAUCAUGGCAGGCUCCAACAGGUCUGGGGAUCUCCGUGACGCUCAAAAGUCCAUCCCUGUGGGAACUAUCUUAGCUAUUACUACUACUUCACUCGUUUAUUUCAGUUCUGUGGUCCUGUUUGGGUCUUGUAUUGAAGGAGUAGUCCUUAGGGAUAAGUUUGGAGACGCAGUUAGAAAAAACCUGGUGGUGGGGACGCUCUCCUGGCCGUCUCCGUGGGUUAUUGUCAUUGGCUCCUUCUUCUCUACUGUUGGGGCGGGCCUUCAGUCCCUCACUGGGGCUCCCCGACUUCUUCAGGCUAUUGCCAAGGACAACAUCAUACCUUUUCUCAGGGUGUUUGGUCACGGCAAGACCAAUGGAGAGCCUACAUGGGCCCUACUACUGACUGGUCUCAUAGCUGAGCUGGGCAUCCUUAUUGCCUCACUGGAUAUGGUGGCUCCCAUCCUUUCCAUGUUCUUCUUGAUGUGCUAUCUCUUUGUGAACCUAGCCUGUGCAGUUCAGACUCUUUUACGCACACCGAACUGGAGGCCAAGGUUUAAAUAUUACCACUGGGCUCUGUCCUUCCUCGGCAUGAGUAUGUGUCUGGCUCUGAUGUUCAUCUCCUCCUGGUACUAUGCUAUUGUGGCCAUGGUAAUUGCUGGGAUGAUCUACAAAUACAUUGAGUACCAAGGAGCAGAGAAGGAGUGGGGGGACGGAAUACGAGGACUGUCCCUUAGUGCUGCACGUUACUCCCUGUUAAGGCUAGAGGUUGGACCCCCACACACCAAGAACUGGAGACCUCAGCUGCUUGUGCUGUUGAAGCUCGAUGAGGACCUCCACGUAAAAUAUCCUCGGCUGCUCACCUUUGCCUCGCAGCUGAAGGCAGGGAAGGGUCUGACCAUUGUGGGCUCUGUCAUCCAGGGCAACUUCCUGGACAGCUAUGGGGAAAUGCAGGCAGCUGAGCAGGCCAUUAAGCAUAUGAUGGAGAUUGAGCGAGUCAAAGGUUUCUGCCAGGUCGUGGUGGCGUCUAAGGUGCGGGAGGGUAUUGUCCACCUGAUCCAGUCCUGUGGUCUGGGGGGCAUGAAGCACAACACUGUGGUGCUGGGCUGGCCGUACGGCUGGAGACAGAGCGAGGACCCUCGUGCCUGGAAGACUUUUAUCAACACAGUUCGCUGCACCACAGCUGCCCACCUGGCCCUGAUGGUGCCCAAAAAUGUGUCCUUCUACCCGAGCAACCAUGAACGCUUCACAGAUGGCAACAUUGACGUUUGGUGGAUCGUCCAUGAUGGGGGGAUGCUAAUGCUGCUGCCUUUUCUGCUCAAACUUCAUAAAGUUUGGAGGAAAUGCAAAAUGCGUAUCUUCACUGUAGCCCAGAUGGAUGACAACAGCAUCCAGAUGAAGAAAGAUCUGGCCAUGUUCCUGUACCAGCUGAGAAUAGAGGCUGAGGUGGAGGUGGUGGAGAUGCAUGACAGUGACAUCUCAGCAUACACCUACGAGAGAACGUUAAUGAUGGAGCAGCGGUCCCAGAUGUUGAGGCAAAUGAGGCUGUCCAGUGCAGAAAGACAAAGAGAGGCCCAGCUGGUUAAGGACAGACACUCUUUGGUGCGUAUGGGAAGUCUAUACUCAGACGAGGAGGAGGAAGUGGUGGAGGCUCCGCCAGAGAAGGUGCAGAUGACUUGGACAAGAGAGAAGUGUGAGGCUGAGAGGAGGAACAGAAACAAUGCACCUGAGAACUUCAGAGAACUUAUGAGCCUCAAACCGGAUCAGUCCAAUGUGCGGCGAAUGCAUACGGCUGUGAAGCUGAACGAGGUAAUAGUCAAUAGGUCCCAUGAUGCUCGAUUAGUGCUGCUCAACAUGCCAGGGCCACCGCGAAACACGGAUGGAGAUGAAAACUAUAUGGAGUUUCUGGAGGUGUUGACUGAAGGUUUGGAAAGAGUGCUGCUGGUCCGAGGUGGAGGUCGGGAGGUUAUCACCAUCUACUCAUGAUCAAUUAUUAGCUGCUACACAGGAGCGUCUGCCUCAUCAGAAUACAUUCCACCUCUAGAAAGGAGGCAGAACCCGCUGGUUAGACGCAUGGAUGUCACUUUGAUUGUGAAGUAUGUAUUUUUCAGUACAAAACUUUUUUUCUGUUCUUGUAGAAUAUUGGCACACACUAGGGUACAUAUCCACCUAUAUGUUUGCAACUCUGCCAUUUUUACAAAUGAAAUCCGUUAUUUUUCUCCCUCAUAAAUCAAUACUUGUGUGUCAAACACAAACUUUAGAUUUAUUUAUAGGUCACAAAUACCUCUUAUAUGUGAUAAUAAACCUAUAUUUGACAGACUGGCAGACUAGUACACAUGUUGGGUGAAGAGUUUUGAUAGUGUGCCAGAUUUUUAUUCUGAAACAGCUCUUUGAUUAUUCUGGGAGCACAUCUUUAUUUAUUUAUUUAUUUCAACAUUUCCCCACUGAGGUAAAGAAAAUGUUACUGAUGAUAAUGAACACAGUGCUUGACGUUGGUUGUGCUGUAAAGGUGGCAUGCCAGAGAUCAUGAAGUAAGUUUUUAAAAAGAGUUAUAAUUUAUGAUUUUUUUGACAGAUAUGUUUGCUGUUUAUAUGAGAGAAAAGUGUAUAUGAAUGACUUUUGAACCGUUACAUUUGUACUUUUUCUACAGACCUGAAAAGCUUAUCUGCACACAAAAAAGAUGGCUUUAUUUAAAGUUAUAGUCCUUAGGAUUUCAAUAAAAUCAUGGUCUGCAUUUCUUCUGCAAUAGACAUUUGAUAUUUUUACACUUAAUGGCAAUUGCAAAUACCAUUCUACAUGGUAGUUUUUAUCAUUAGUGGCGGAGUCUGCCAUUCCCGCACAGGAUUUAAAUUGGCUUACUUCACAUUCCUACAAUGUUAGUUUGUUUGUUUGUGCUGUAAAGAAAUACACCAGUUGGUAUUGUGUUGUAAUUCUGAAAAAGUAGCUGCUCAAGCAGUGUUUACUGCACCAUCGUUGAGGCCAAAUCAACCAUGGCUGCAAUCUUAAGGAAUUUCAGCUUUAAGCAAUUAUGACCUCAGCUACAUGAGACUUCCAGACACUGUUUGUGUCUUUUCAAGUAUUUGUCUAAGAAGCUGAGUAUUUCAAGAUAUUAUACUGUGUCAAGAACAACUGUUCUACGAUCUGUAGCCAAGAGUGUGGCCUUCCCUUCACUUAAAUCAAAAUAGGUUUUGGCACAAUCCAAUUUUUACAUGGAAACUUUAUGUUGGCAAUGUUUUAGUGAAGCCAUGAGUAAUCAUUUUGAAGAGUGAUGUCAUUGUUUUAAUGUCAAAACCCGGCACAUUGUGUUGAAACAUCAAAAUGAGUGCACUGAAGCAAAUUCCUAUCGUCUUUGUUGGGGAGACAUGAAUCUUUAUCUGAACAAGAGAAAUCUUCACAGUGUUGCUGUGUGCUGUUCCAAGUUAAAUAUUUAGUUUUAGUUAUUUCUAUAUUCAACAUUUUCCUGUUUGGCCAAAGGGCAGAAUAGUUCACAUUAAAAUGCACUUUGUUUUUCUAAACCUCCAUGAUAUCUGGUUUUUCUGUAAGAUCAAAUAAAAAGAAAAAUCUGUUUGUUAA